CUACAAGGCCAUCAUCCCUGCUAAAGCAGGCACACACUGUUCCUCAGGAAAUAGAGCUGAAAACUGGUUUAUGGCUACAAAUGACCUGAUGACAGAAUUACAGAAAGAUUCCAUCAAGCUCGAUGAUGACAGUGAGAGGAAGGUGGUGAAGAUGAUUCUAAAAUUACUAGAGGAUAAGAAUGGCGAGGUGCAAAAUUUGGCUGUCAAAUGUCUUGGCCCGUUGGUCAGUAAGGUAAAGGAAUAUCAGGUGGAGACCAUUGUAGAUACGCUCUGUACUAACAUGCUUUCGGAUAAAGAGCAGCUACGUGAUAUUUCAAGCAUUGGCCUCAAGACGGUCAUUGGAGAACUUCCACCAGCUUCCAGUGGAUCUGCCUUAGCAGCCAAUGUUUGUAAAAAGAUCACAGGGCGUCUUACUAGUGCUAUAGCCAAGCAGGAAGAUGUGUCUGUUCAACUAGAGGCCUUGGACAUAAUGGCUGACAUGCUGAGCAGGCAAGGAGGACUGCUUGUUAACUUCCAUCCUUCAAUUCUGACCUGUCUGCUCCCCCAGCUGACUAGCCCCAGACUUGCUGUGAGGAAAAGAACCAUCAUUGCUCUUGGUCAUCUGGUUAUGAGUUGUGGCAAUAUAGUUUUUGUUGACCUCAUUGAACACCUCUUGACAGAGCUGUCUAAAAAUGAUUCCAUGUCAACAACUAGGACCUAUAUACAAUGUAUUGCUGCUAUCAGUAGGCAAGCUGGUCACAGAAUAGGUGAAUAUCUUGAGAAAAUAAUCCCUUUGGUGGUAAAAUUUUGUAAUGUGGAUGAUGAUGAACUAAGAGAGUACUGCAUUCAAGCCUUUGAAUCCUUUGUGAGGCGAUGUCCUAAAGAAGUUUAUCCUCAUGUGUCUACUAUUAUAAACAUUUGUCUUAAAUACCUUACUUAUGAUCCCAAUUACAAUUAUGAUGAUGAAGAUGAAGAUGAAAAUGCUAUGGAUGCAGAUGGUGGCGAUGAUGAUGAUCAAGGGAGUGAUGAUGAAUAUAGUGAUGAUGAUGAUAUGAGCUGGAAAGUGAGGCGUGCAGCUGCUAAAUGCUUGGAUGCAGUGGUUAGCACAAGGCAUGAAAUGCUUCCAGAAUUCUACAAGACAGUAUCCCCUGCUUUGAUAGCGAGAUUCAAAGAGCGUGAGGAGAAUGUAAAAGCAGAUGUUUUCCAUGCAUAUCUUUCUCUUUUAAAACAAACUCGACCUGUGCAGAGUUGGCUUUGUGAUCCUGAUGCCAUGGAACAAGGAGAGACACCUUUGACAAUGCUUCAGAGUCAGGUUCCCAAUAUAGUUAAAGCCUUACACAAACAGAUGAAAGAGAAGAGUGUAAAGACUCGUCAGUGUUGCUUUAACAUGCUAACUGAGCUGGUAAAUGUGUUACCUGGAGCCCUGACGCAACAUGUUCCUGUACUUGUGCCAGGGAUAAUUUUUUCACUGAAUGACAAAUCAAGCUCUUCUAAUCUGAAGAUAGAUGCUUUGUCUUGUUUGUAUGUGAUCCUCUGUAACCAUUCUCCCCAAGUCUUCCAUCCUCAUGUUCAAGCAUUGGUACCACCAGUUGUAGCUUGUGUUGGAGACCCGUUUUACAAGAUAACCUCAGAGGCACUUCUGGUUACACAACAGCUUGUGAAGGUCAUUCGCCCUUUAGACCAGCCUUCUUCCUUUGAUGCUACUCCAUAUAUCAAAGAUUUAUUUACUUGCACGAUCAAGAGAUUGAAGGCUGCUGAUAUUGAUCAAGAAGUAAAAGAGAGGGCAAUAUCUUGCAUGGGCCAGAUUAUUUGUAGCCUUGGUGAUAAUCUGGGUACUGACCUGCCUAAUACGCUUCAGAUAUUCCUGGAGAGACUGAAGAAUGAGAUUACUCGGUUAACUACAGUGAAGGCCUUGACAUUGAUUGCUGGCUCUCCUUUGAAGAUAGAUCUCAGGCCAGUCCUUGGGGAAGGUGUUCCUAUUCUUGCUUCUUUCCUCAGGAAGAACCAGCGAGCUUUGAAACUGGGAACCCUUUCUGCUCUAGAUAUAUUAAUUAAAAAUUACAGUGACAGCUUGACAGCUGCCAUGAUUGAUGCAGUCCUGGAUGAGCUUCCACCUCUCAUAAGUGAGAGUGAUAUGCAUGUAUCACAGAUGGCAAUCAGUUUUCUGACUACACUGGCUAAAGUGUAUCCUUCCUCCCUGUCAAAGAUCAGUGGGUCCAUUCUCAAUGAACUUAUUGGGCUGGUGAGAUCACCCCUACUGCAGGGUGGAGCACUUAGUGCCAUGCUAGAAUUUUUCCAAGCUUUGGUUGUGACUGGAACAAAUAAUUUGGGAUAUAUGGAUUUACUACGUAUGUUAACGGGUCCAGUGUAUUCACAGAGCACAGCACUUACUCACAAGCAGUCUUAUUAUUCCAUUGCCAAAUGUGUAGCUGCCCUUACACGAGCUUGCCCUAAAGAAGGACCCGCUGUAGUAGGUCAGUUCAUUCAAGAUGUCAAGAACUCAAGAUCUACGGAUUCCAUUCGUCUUUUAGCUUUGCUUUCUCUUGGGGAAGUUGGGCAUCACAUUGACCUAAGUGGACAAAUUGAGCUCAAGUCUGUAAUAUUAGAAGCAUUCUCCUCUCCUAGUGAAGAAGUAAAGUCUGCCGCAUCUUAUGCACUGGGCAGUAUUAGUGUUGGUAAUCUUCCUGAAUAUCUACCAUUUGUCUUACAAGAAAUAACUAGUCAACCUAAGAGGCAGUAUCUUCUUCUCCAUUCCUUGAAAGAAAUAAUUAGCUCAGCAUCAGUGGUAGGUCUGAAACCAUAUGUUGAGAACAUCUGGGCCUUAUUGCUGAAGCACUGCGAAUGUGCAGAAGAGGGUACAAGAAAUGUUGUUGCUGAAUGUUUGGGCAAGCUUACUUUAAUAGACCCAGAGACUCUUCUCCCACGGCUCAAGGGAUAUUUAGCAUCAGGAUCAUCAUAUGCUCGAAGCUCAGUAGUUACUGCCGUGAAGUUCACUAUUUCUGAUCAUCCACAACCCAUAGAUCCACUGUUGAAGAAUUGCAUAGGUGACUUCCUGAAAACACUGGAAGACCCAGAUCUCAAUGUAAGGAGAGUAGCUCUAGUGACAUUUAACUCAGCAGCACACAAUAAACCAUCAUUAAUAAGGGACCUUUUAGAUACUGUGCUUCCUCAUCUUUACAAUGAAACAAAAGUGAGAAAGGAGCUAAUAAGAGAGGUGGAAAUGGGACCAUUUAAGCAUACAGUUGAUGAUGGGCUGGACAUCAGAAAAGCUGCUUUUGAGUGCAUGUAUACGCUUUUAGAUAGUUGUUUGGAUAGACUAGACAUAUUUGAAUUCUUAAACCAUGUUGAAGAUGGCUUGAAGGAUCACUAUGAUAUUAAGAUGCUAACAUUCUUAAUGUUGGUGAGACUGUCUACCCUGUGUCCAAGUGCAGUACUACAGAGGUUGGAUAGACUUGUUGAACCCUUACGUGCCACAUGUACAACAAAGGUAAAGGCAAACUCGGUGAAACAGGAGUUUGAAAAACAAGAUGAACUCAAGCGAUCUGCCAUGAGGGCAGUAGCAGCACUUCUAACUAUUCCAGAAGCAGAGAAGAGUCCAUUAAUGAGUGAAUUUCAGUCGCAGAUAAGCUCUAACCCUGAGCUGGCAGCCAUCUUCGAAAGUAUCCAAAAAGAUUCAUCAUCCACUAACUUGGAAUCAAUGGACACUAGUUAGAUACUUGUUCAAAAUGGGGACCAUUACGUUGAACCAUAUGAUGCACUGAUUUGACAGGUUAAAAGUAAGAAAUGGAAAAAUACCUAAACUUCACAUUUGUUCCAUUUUAUUUACCUUUAUGGAAACAGUUGGCUUUUUUCCCCAUUGUUGCUUUUCUUGCAUUGAUUCCAGAAAUGUAUUUCCAUAAUCCAGAGUUUGUAAAGCACUCAUGUUUUAGUGGAUUUGGCCACAUUUGGAAAUAAAAAGUUUAAGCGCAUGGUGUAUGGAAAUUAGGUUCCAACAUCCAUUUGCCACCUAAUGUUUAGGAUUAAAAUGUUAAAAUUUCAUGACCAUGGUUUUUUCUUUUUAUUUUCUCUUCCUGUAAAAACAAAACCAUCACGUUUUUGUACAACUUUUAUUCUUUUUUGUUUUAGUUACAUAAAUGGAUUUGGCUGGCA